AAUCAAACUUUGUAUUACCACAAUCAAAAUAACACUAAUCAACUCAAAACUAGGAAACAAAACCAAAAUAAAAUCUAAUUGUAUUCAUACUUUUCACAAUUCUACUAUUCCCAAAAUUUCCUUAAUUAGCUGCCAACUCACGCAACUCGAUUCCCUUUUAUACCCCUCUUUAACAUAUCCUCAUCCUUCUUCUCACUUCACAUCUCCAAACAAACACACACUCAAACUUCGAAGAGAGAAAAAGAUUAACAGACACCCUUGUAGAGAGAGAAACAAUGGCGGCAACUGUUUCAUCAGUUUGGGCCAAGCCCGGAGCUUGGGCCUUAGACUCUGAAGAACACGAAGAUGAACUCGCUGAACAGAUCAUGCCUCAGCCCACCAAGCCCGAACCACCCGCCGCCGAUUUCCCAUCUUUAGCCGCCGCAGCCGCCGCCAAGCCCAAGAAGAAGAACAAGGCCCAAACCCUUUCUUUGGCUGAGUUUUCCACUUAUGGGUCCGCAGCCCCAAAGCCCAAGCCCAAAGCCUUCGCCGUCCCCCAGCGGCUAACCCAAGAUGAGAUGCUCGUUCUUCCCACCGGACCACGUGAGCGAACCGCCGAGGAGCUCGAAAGACCUCGCCUUGGUGGUGGGUUCCGAAAUUAUGGCGGCGGCGGCGCGAAUGAUAAUUCUAGGGUUAGGGUUUCUGACAGGAGUUCUAGUAGAGAUAGGGAUAUGGGCCCUUCUCGGGCCGACGAAGCGGAUGAUUGGUCCAAGACGAAGAAGUUUAGUUCUUUCGGUGGUGGUGCGCCGGAGAGGUCUGAUAGGAGAGAGAAAGUUGGGUUCUUUAAUUCGAGUCGGGCUGAUGAGGUUGAUAAUUGGGCCUCUAAUAAGAGUUUUGUUGCUGCCCCUGUUGAUGGGCCGAGGAGAGAGAGACGGAUGGGGUUCGAGUCGUAUUCAAAUGGGUCGGGUCCGGAUUCGGGUAAUUGGUCGAAAUCGAAGGAGGAGAGAGGUGGGAGUGUUGGUGGUGGUGUUGAGGCGGAUACUUGGGAGAGGAGGGAGAGUAUUGGGUCUGGAGGUGGUGGGAGUGGAAGGCCUAGAUUGAAUUUGCAGCCUAGGACAUUGCCUGUUGUGAGUAAUGACAAUGUGACUCCGGCCGAGGCGGCAAAAGGAGUGAAUUCCGGGCUGAGUUUUACUCCUACCGAGGUGAAGGCGAAAGGGACGAAUCCGUUCGGGGAGGCGAGGCCUAGGGAGGAGGUGUUGGCAGAGAAAGGGAAGGAUUGGAAGGAAAUUGAUGAGAAAUUGGAGGCUGUGAAGAUUAAUGGUGAUAAGAGUGAAGGGUUUGGGAGAAGGGGUUUUGGGCUUGGGAGGUCUGAUUCUGGGGAUGAUGUUAAGAGUUGGAGGAAGCCGGAAUCGGCUGAUGCUGUUACUUCUCCUCCGGGAUCAAGUGUUGAUACAACAGAGAAUAACACCGCCACAGCCGAGAGUACUACUGAUAGUGCUUCUGAGAGUGUUGAGAAAGUUUCAGAAGAGAACUGAAGACUGUCAAUGAUGGAAUAGCAGAGUGGAGCGUGGGUUUUUGCUCGAUUGAGAAUCAAUUUUUUGAUAGUCGUCUUAGAUAGGUAUAUUCUUUAGGACCUGGAAAACCUGAAAGGUCAUAGUGUUUGUGCUGUUUUUUGGGUAGCAGGGUGGUCACCUGAACGUUAAGUGUUAAUGUUUGUUUUAACUUAUAACUACACUUUCGUUGCUUAUGCUUGGAGUAUCUGGCUUUGCAAAAAGAUUUUUGUGUAAUAGUGAGCUAUUGAUAUAAAAAGGAUCCAAUAACAGCAGCUGAGGCUGCUGUUGCUGUGUUAAUCUUAGUAACUCUGUUGACAUUUUGCGACUGUUGAAAUAUUUUUUUCUGUUGUGGCAUUAUUAACUUGGAGUCCGGUAUAAAAAUUCUGCAGAUGCUUUGGAA